CAUAAACCCCCUUCUCGUAGGGUUUUGACCGUAUCACAAAUCGGAGCGGUCGCGAAGCCCCCAAAAAGUAGCGAUCUUAGCUAUGGCUCUUGCCAGUAAACUUGGAAAUCUUCUAAAGCAAGCUGUAACUUCCAAUCCAUCUCUGUAUCAAGCAAUAAGAUGCAUGUCAUCCUCAAAAGUCUUUGUGGGAGGGCUAUCUUAUGGCACUGAUGAUCAGAGUUUGAGAGAAUCAUUCACUGGUUUUGGUGAAGUUGUUGAAGCUAGAGUUAUCGUGGAUCGUGAUACUGGUAGGUCUAGAGGUUUUGGCUUCGUGACUUUCACUUCAGGCGAAGAGGCAUCUGCUGCCAUUAGUGGCAUGGAUGGGAAGGAUCUUCAUGGCAGGAUAGUAAGAGUUAACUAUGCUACUGAUAGGACCGGUGGUUUUCGUGGUGGUGGCUAUGGUGGCGGUGGCAGUGGCUAUGGUGGCAGCGGUGGUGGCUAUAGUGGUGGAGGGGGUUAUGGAGGUAAUACCGGAGGCUAUGGAAGUGUCAGAGGAAGCUUUGGAGGUUAUGGUGGCGGCAGUGGUGGCGAGAAUUACCCUACUGCUGGGGGCACUGGCGGCAGCGGCAGCUAUGUCAGUGGUGCCUCUGGUAAUAACUUUGGCAGCAGUGGUGGCUUCUACAGCGAUAAUGCCACCACCCAAUCCAACAGCAAUUUCAGUGGAGAUGGCUCCUAUGGUAACAACAAUCAGGAUGAUCUCUUGGAAGACAAUUUUAAGGAUGCUGACGAUGAACCUGAGGACUAUGCCAAGCGAGGGUGAUCAGCCAUCAAGUUGGUGCAUCUGCCUGUCGAGAUAGUCAGUUGCACAUCUUGUGUGGCAUUGCAUCACGCAAUUGUGGUAACAAGAUUGCAUCAAUCUGCGGACUGAUUUAGACAUUUGCCAUUGCUUUUUUUUUUUGGCAUUUAUAAUUUGUGCUGUGAACCACUCGUUGUAUGAGUUCAGGACUGUUUGUUCUUGAUCAGAUGCUUCCUUUUGUGUUGGACAAUGUUUAUUCAUGUUCCACUUUCAAUUUUGAUGGUUAGUAAUUUGAAUGUUCGAGUA